GGAGCAAUGGCCUUUGCAUCCGCCAAAGCUACUCUCUCUCCUCCCAUAUCUUCUCCAUCCAACUGUCCAGCUCAUCUCCUCAAAUCCUCCCCGUCGAUCUCAUUCUCCAUAUCCCAUCCUCGGCCCCGCUCUCCCUUCCUCGGCCAAUCCCUCAAAAUCCCCACCUUCUCCCUCUCCCUCUCCAAGCCCCGCCAUCUCAAGAUCUCUGCUGUUGAUUCGAAACCGACGGUCCUGGUCUCGGAGAAGCUGGGAGAAGCUGGGCUUCACGUCCUUCGGAGCUUCACGAACGUCGAUUGCUCCUACAACCUGUCCCCUGAGGAGCUCUGCUCGAAGAUCUCGCUCUGUGAUGCGCUGAUCGUGCGGAGCGGGACGAAGGUGACGAGGGAAGUUUUCGAGGCUGGGAAGGGGCGGUUGAAGGUCGUCGGCCGGGCUGGGGUCGGGAUCGACAACGUCGAUCUGCAGGCUGCAACGGAGUACGGAUGCCUCGUUGUCAAUGCCCCCACGGCCAACACGGUCGCUGCCGCCGAGCAUGGGAUCGCGCUCCUUGCUGCCAUGGCGAGGAAUGUCGCGCAGGCCGAUGCGUCGAUGAAAGCUGGGAAAUGGCAACGAAACAAGUAUGUUGGUGUCUCUCUGGUUGGAAAGACAUUAGCUGUGAUGGGGUUUGGAAAAGUUGGAUCUGAAGUUGCUCGACGUGCGAAAGGCUUGGGGAUGCAUGUUAUUGCACAUGAUCCUUACGCCCCUGCUGACAGAGCCCGUGCAAUUGGUGCAGAGCUGGUUUCUUUUGAUGAGGCCAUAUCUACUGCAGAUUUCAUCUCACUCCAUAUGCCACUCAUCCCUGCGACAUCGAAGAUCUUCAAUGAUGAAUCUUUUGCGAAGAUGAAGAAGGGAGUGCGGAUUAUCAAUGUUGCUAGGGGUGGAGUUAUAGAUGAAGAUGCUUUGGUGAGAGCACUCGAUAAUGGAACUGUUGCUCAGGCAGCACUUGAUGUGUUCACGGAAGAGCCUGCGCCAAAAGACAGCAAAUUAGUGCAGCAUGAGAAUGUCACGGUUACACCUCACCUUGGAGCAAGCACGGUUGAAGCUCAGGAAGGUGUAGCUAUCGAAAUAGCAGAGGCUGUUGUUGGAGCAUUGAAUGGUGAACUUGCCGCCACUGCUGUGAAUGCACCGAUGGUUCCAGCCGAGGUUUUGUCUGAGUUAGCUUCUUAUGUGGUUCUGGCUGAGAAAUUGGGAAGGCUGGCUGUGCAGUUGGUUGCUGGAGGGAGCGGAAUUCAGUCAGUCAAGGUGGUCUACACAUCAGCUCGAGCUCCCGAUGACUUGGACACGAGGCUGCUCAGGGCCAUGAUCACCAAAGGCAUCAUAGAGCCGAUAUCGAGCGUGUAUGUCAACCUGGUCAAUGCCGACUUCACGGCAAAGCAGAGGGGUCUUCGGAUCAGCGAGGAGCGGACAGUUGUUGACGGCUCUCCCGAGUACCCUCUCGAGUCCAUCCAGGUCCUCAUUGCAAACGUGGAGUCGAAGUUCGCCAGCGCCUUAUCCGAAUCCGGCGAAAUCAGAGUGGAGGGCAAGGUGAAGGAUGGGGUUCCGCACCUCACCCGUGUGGGGCCUUUCAGUGUGGACGUGAGCCUUGAAGGGAAUGUGAUACUUUGCAGACAGUUCGACCAGCCCGGCUUGAUUGGGCGAGUCGGGAACAUCCUUGCAGAGAAGAAUGUGAAUGUGAACUUCAUGAGUGUGGGUCGGACGGCGCGGUGGAAGCAAGCUAUUAUGGCCAUUGGUGUUGAUGAGGAACCUGACAAGGAGACCCUCAAGAAGAUUGGUGAGAUACCGGCCAUUGAAGAGUUUGCGUUCCUCAAGCUAUAAGGAGAGGUAGAAGAAUCACUAAGAAGAGGAUUCUCCUUUUGCAUUCAUUCGGGAAAAACCCAGUUUUUGUAGCGAGUGAGUUGCAAUAAAAUGCAGCUAGGAAGCUGUUCGUGUGCUCGCAUCAAUGCUGGAGAGUAGAGAAGGUGAGGAAGUUCAUUUUGUUGUUCUAUAGCAGACGGCAUUGCCCUGCAAGUUCAUUGAUGUUGUUGUUCUAUUAUGUUGGUGCUUUUGUAAUCGAUAAUUCUUCAAUGUAUUACUGUCUUUUUUUUU